ACAUCAGCGAGCUCCACCUAGCACGCCCUACGACGACUUCCUCAUUGUAUCGACUAGAGUGCAAACGGACUGUGCGAAAGAUGUCGAAAUCGGAAGAAGCGCCCACUGAUGGCGCGCCAAUCGCUACAACCACCAAACCGACCCCCGAAGCAAAGCUCGACCCCGACUACUACACCUGGUCCAACACCUUCUCCAUCAUGCUCAGUCGCAUGACCGGAAACCGCAACCUGCCUCUCGAAACGGCCUACUUCGCCGAGCAAGACACCGUAAAAGCGGAAACGUUCUGCAAGCGCUGCGAAUCGAACCGGGACUACCUGCUGCAAUACUCGCCCAUCGUGCGGUUCCUAAAAGACGAGGUGGGAAAACUAGGCGGGGAUUUAAACGAACGCAAUAUACACUGUAGAAUGUGUACGGCGGAGCAGUCAGGGGGUUUCCAUGUCGAUCAUGGGAUCAUGCUGUGCGCGAAUAAGUUUCGGAAUAGAGGGCAUCAGGAGGAUACGAUGGCGCAUGAGAUGGUACAUGCGUGGGAUCAUUUGAAGUGGAAGGUGGAGGAGGAUAAUUUGAGGCAUCAGGCAUGUUUGGAGAUUCGAGCAUCAACAUUAAGCGGCGAAUGCCGCUUCAGCCGCGAAUUCUUCACAAAGAACCAGUGGCGCAUCACGGAGCAACUGCAACACUGCGUAAGGCGGCGAGCCACGCUAUCCAUGAUGGCGAGACCCGGCGUGAAGGACGACGUACAGGCGGCAAAGAUUGUGAACGAAGUGUGGGAUAGCUGCUUCAAUGAUACCCGGCCGUUCGAUGAAAUAUAUCGCUAACUGGAGUUUGCGCGAAGCUUGGGAGUAAUCGGGUGUGAAGACUAAACGUGUAUUGAAUAGACGGUAGGUAUGGAGGGUUCGAAUGCAUAGCGAUGGCGUUGGUAUAUCACACCUUUGAACAUGCUCUUCACUCAAAACUCUCCCAACUUCCUUUCCCCUCUUG